AUGGCUGGUACAUUGAAACUCUCGCUUUUCGGCCUUCUCGUGUUUCUCGGAGCCACCGCUGCCGCCCCAGCUUGUGACAAGACCCAUCAGGGUUCUUCUUACACCCGGCGUCCAGCUCGACCGCAAGGUACCGCAUCCGCUGGCGGACCCCUCGGUUCCGGCGCCGGCAUGUCCAUCCAGCCUGUCCCGUCCGGCACGGCUAGCGAUGCGGUCCCCUUACCCAGCCCCAUCGGCGAGACUCAGCCUGUCCCUUCUCCUCCUGCUUCGGGCAACAACACCGCCCCAGACACGCCUACGACCCCCGCUCAAGGUCUCUCGCUCGCUUCGACCCUCAUAUACGACCUCGACAAUACCGGUAUCAACGCUCCGACGAUCACCAGCGGGUCUGGGGUCAAGAUUGAUGCGAACGUCUAUAUCGUCGACAUGUCGGGCAAUAGCGCCGAGCAGAUUGCGGCGUACAAAGAGGCGGGCAAGACCGUUGUAUGCUACUUCAGCGCGGGGACUCUCGAACCGUUCAGGGACGACGUCAAGAGCUUCGACCCCACCUGCGCAUGCGGCCCCGGCGGGACUCUCAACAGUGCCAACGAGUGUGUCGGCGGCUCGGGCGACUCCAAGAUGGACGACUGGAACGAGUUCUGGCUGGACAUCCACUCUCCGACCUGCAAGACCAAUGUCCAAGAUGUGAUGACGAAGCGCAUACAGGCGGCGAAGGAGAAGGGGUGUGACGGGAUGGAUCCGGACAACGUGGACAGUUACUCGAACGGCUCGCCGCAUGGUAACACCAAACAGGACCAGGUUGACUACCUUCUGUGGCUGUCCAAGACCAUCCAUGACGCUGGCAUGAUCGUCGACCUCAAGAACUCCGGUGGCUUGCUGCAAGGAGACACGGGUGCUCAGCUGGUCGAUGCUUUCGACUUUAGCGUUAUCGAGUCAUGCGCCGUAUACAACGAGUGCGACAUAUACGACCCCUUCCUCGCGGCCGGCAAGCCCCAGAUCCAGAUCGAGUACGGCAGCAGCAUCAAGUCCUGCCCUGCCCUCAAGCCGGGUCAGAACCUCGCUGUAUACCGCGGAGAGACCCUUGACUCGAAGAAGAUCACCCUGAACUGCCCUGGGCCUAGUGCCUAA